AUGGAUGUGAAAGUUGCGUUUGUGAUUGCCUGUCUGUGUACUUUGGCCAUCACCUCUACUGAAGCUGGCAUCCCAAAAUGCUGCGUCUCAACAAAAACGGACAUCCCUUUGGCACUGCUGAGGAAGGUCCACAGAUGGUACAUGCAGCCAAGCAGCGGCGCCUGUGACAUCCCUGCAUUGAUACUGUAUGUAAAGGAGAUGAAGAAGCCCAUAUGUGCUCAUCCUAAAAUGAAGAGAGCACUGAUAAUGCUGCAGCGGAUUAUCAAACAGAACAAGCUGAAACAGUUUACUGAGAAGUAGAAAGAAAACUUUCACGAAAUUUGUCUGUGGGUUGUGUUUUCACAGUUGGUGUUUCAAGAGCUUGUGUCAGUCCUUAUGGUUUUUUUCUUUUUAUUGAGAGAGGUACUCGUACUUUAGUAUUUCCAUUUUAUACUCUUUAAUUCUGUCCGACAAGAUUUUAGAGGGAAAUAUUGUACUUUUUACUCCACAUUUAUUAAACAGCUACUUUUUUAGGUUAAGAUUUUACAUACAAAACAUAUGAUUUUUAUAAAAUUGGAUGCGUUGUUAUAGACCAAACAGUAGGCUAAAUAAAGUGUUUCAAAUCAGCUCCACUUUGACUGUGUGCAACAAUAAAGUAUGGCUUACAUGAUAACGCAUCAAUAAUAAUGAUCCAAUAACAACAUGGAAUGGGGAAAUUCUGCUUUGUUAGUACUUUUACUUGUAAUACUUUAAGUAUAUUUUGUUGCUAAUACUUUUGUACUUCUACUAAUGUAAAAGUUUAAACACUGGAGUUUUACUUAUAAUGGGAGUAUUAUUUUUUUUUAUAGUGUGGUAAAUAAUAUGAAUAUGACUUCCACCAUUGCAUUUAUACAAUCAUUGUAAACAAAACAAAAAAGAAAUCUCUAUAA